AGGAGGAGCAGAUGAAAUCCCAGCAGAGAAUCCAGGAGAAGCAGAAGAAGGUGCAGGAGCUGAAACAGGCUGUGAACACUAUAAAGCUCAGUGCACAGACAGCAGUGGAGGACAGUGAGAGGAUCUUUACUGAGCUGAUCAGCUCCAUGGAGAAAAAGCGCUGGGAGGUGACGGAGCUGAUCAGAGAUCAGGAGAAGGCUGAACUGAGUCGAGCUGAACGACUCCUGGAGCAACUGGAGCAGGAGAUUGCUGAUCUUCAGAGGAGAGUCACUGAGCUGGAGCAGCUUUCACACACACACGAUCACAUCCAUUUCCUCCAGGUAACACUCAUUUCUCUUGGUGUCUCUUCUGGACGUGGUGACUCAUCCAUCAUUACUGUCCAUCAACAUGUUUCAUUUGAUGGAGUGAGGAAUUAUCUCUCAGAGAUGAAAAAGCAAUUCAACAAAAUCCCUUCAUAUGAUUUCUGUUAUCUGACUCUGGAUCCCAACACGGCACAUGGUUCCCUCCGUCUGUGUGAGAAGGACAGAGCGGUGAGACGCAGUUAUAAAGAGAAGCUGUUCCCUUAUCACCCUGAGAGGUUUACCUCCAUCGCUCAGGUGUUGUGUAAGGAGAUGUCUCUGACAGGAUGA